AUGGGAAGAUCAAUGAAGUUAGUGCCGCUCUUACAAGCGGUAGUCUAUCUUGGCUAUGUCUGGGCUUCUGCAGACGCAACUGUCACUCCUACGGCACAACAGCCGGGUGCGACAUCAAGUGUUGGGAAGACGCCAGAUACAACAACCACUCCAACUACAGAAACCACUGCGACAGAGACACCGGCUGCACCCGAGGCAACUGAUGCGCCUGCUACUAAAGAUCAAGAACUGAACCUCAUGCUCAGUAAAACGAAACGGAUGUUCAUGAACAAAGCCCCGGGACCCUCUUUGACAAUUGAUAAGGACGUUGUUGAUCAAGCUCUCGAGCUCAGCAAGACAGCCACCGAUUUCCUUGGUAGUGAAGAAGGAAAGAAGAUAGAAGAGGCUAAGCGCAAGAACUUUGGCGACCAGCUUAAGAGCGCAAAUGAGAACAUUUCUAGGGCCCACCUGGAUUGGAGCACUCAUUUGGAGACCUUGGGUUCUGGUUUCGAUAAACUGAAGGAGUGUGCUGAUGCUCAAAAGAGCACCUGGGAAAAGAUCAAACCCGAACUCCAAAGCAAAAGCGCCUUCAAGAAGCUUUUCGGGCUUGACAAGGCCCAACGUGCUGGAGAGGCCGAAAUUCAUGAAGAUGAUAGAGUUAAGAAGGAUAUGUUUGAUACAAUCAUCCACCAAUGUAACACAUUCUAUGAAAAAGAGCAGCCUGUUGAUAAGCUUCUUCGUCAGAAGUCUGUGGUUUUGAAUGCCGUUAAGGAAAAAACAACAGCAAAUGAUAAGAAAAAGAUCAUUGCUGACAUUACCAAAGCGACUCUUUUGGGAAAGAGGUACCAUGUUCUGCACCAAUACUACUUAACUCCAAACACUAUAACACCCGGAAAGAUUCAGUACGAACUCGGAAAAACCUACCAUCUGCUGAUUAACUUCUUUGCUAACUUAGAUUCCACUGAAAUCUACCAGCGUCAGAAGACCGAAGCUGAUACUGGCGACGCCAAAGAGUUUGCGGCCGGUCAGAAAGAAAUCAACCGACUCUACACCAAAUCUAUCUCUUACUACAUUCCAGCCAUCAACUACCAAGCCUUAGCUAUUGUACACACACCAACCAACAACGCAGAGUAUACAAAAGUUGGAUCUGAAAUCACAUCCUUCUAUAGCUUGAUCCAAGAAAAGAUCAGAACAUCUGGCAAUUCACUUAAAAUGAAGGCGUGGUUAACUGCGAGUUGGUCACAACGUUUGAAGACUCUUGAAACCGUUCACACUUCGUUAGUAAAAGCAGCCAUGAGCGCUCUUUCAGCGAAUCCCGAUACUGGUAUGAUCAAAGAAACUUUAGAAGCGACCAAGCAACUGCCGGGUAACACUAAAGCGACCAUCGACUUGACCAGCCCCAAUCUAUGCACUGGCCGGGAAGUACACGCCUGGUUUGCUGAUCCAAACGCCAAUGAAGGUGAGUGGGGUGGCAACGCGGUUAUGAACAUGAUUCGACGCGUUGGUCUGUACCUUCGGUCUGUCAUGGGACGAUUGUCAACCCACAUUGCUUCAGUGUUUGCUGAUAUAACUUGGUCGGCCAAUCUAUGUCGAGGCUUACUUGAUAACGAGAAGGAUACUCUACAACAAAUUGCCCAUCGUUUAGAUAAGAUUGGGAGUUUGUUACAGAACUUAUCUACAGUGCUCUUUAUGUCUAGUGAGUAUAAAAACGCAGCGUAUAUUGAUAUUGACGCUAUCUGCAAGGACAGAUCUGGUAUGUACAUUUCCUUCCUACUCUGGUCCAAAGUCGGUUACAUCCGAAGAACAAAGAAGAUCGCCGUGCCGGAAUUCAGUUACACCCACGAAGCAGCCAAUACUAUCCAGAGUUUAUCUCUACGUGAUAAAGAGUUAGAGAAAGGUGCCCUAGUUACUUAUGUAUCCAAACCAGACUUCUUAUUCCAAGAGCCUAAGACUGUGAAGGUUUUAACCGUAGUUAACAAUGUUGUUGAGGAAUACAUCAAGUCUAUUAAAGGCCUACCAGAAACCAUUUGCUCUCCCGACUCCAAAGCCUUCUUCGGUAGUGGCCUCGCUGACCUCCAUGCUGUUGCUAGUGCACAUGUCUGUGCUAAAUACUUCGCUGGAGAUAGUGAUAAGUCUAUUGCAAGCUUGUCUAAAUUCAUGGAUGACUGUGUUGCGGCUACUAACAAGAAAAUUGAGAGAACUAACUUUGUUGAGGCUAUCUCUGCAAUCAAAAAUCUUGACACGUCAUUUAUUACUUUGACCUCAUGGCUUGAGGAAGGUGACAAGAAAGCGGCUGUUGGCACAAUACUUGCAGAGCAUCAGACAACCAAUCCUAGCACUACUAUUGACACGACUGCCAGGAAUGUUGUAGACGCUAACAAUGUUAUUCAAGCAGAUCUUACCAAGUUUGUUAGUGGGGUUAACUCAAUCUUCUAUCAGACCGAGGCUAUGUUACAUGCCUUUGACCCCAAGUAUCCCGAACCGAUCAAGCAUCAAGAAGAUCUAUUGGAUAAGGCCGAGGCUGCCAUAACCAAACCACCCCAAAUCAACAAACCCUCAGACGAGGAAGAAGAAGCUGCUACUCUGCCUACCGAGACUGCCGCUACCACAGAAAAGGGCUUCUUCUCAGAGCACGGCUGGCUCAUCGCAAUCAUUGUAUUGGCAGUGUUGGGUGGUCUAGGAGUCGGUGGAUACUUCUAUUAUCAGAAAAAGCAGGCUGCAGCUGAGACAUCCUAA